AUGCCGAUUCGAAGAUCCAUCCCACCGGCUGACCAACGGCGUACCAGUCGGAGCCUCGUCACAACGGUGCCGACGCGGUAUUCCAUCCGAAGUACCGUCCAGCGGAGUCCGCAAUACCCUGUGCACGCGGCACAACGCGCACCGAGAGUAACUGCCCUCACCUGGUUUAGCCCGCCGGUCGAGGCGGUUGCCCGGGGUGUGGCCGCUGAGCAGAGCCCAGCUACGUGGAACCACAGGUUAGAGUUUGGUGCCAACAAAUGGACGCUAGGCGUAGUCUCCCCUGCAAGCAAGUGAGCGACCACUACGACCAUCACCUGGACCCACCGCUGGACACCUCUACACCCCAAACACACACACAAACACACACACACACUCCCCCUCUUUCUUAGUCAUCGUCGGAGUUCCCAAGAAUUAACAAAGUUUCGUACGUUGCAACUCUGCUCGCGCUUGCCUUCUGCAUACACCGUCGAGAAUCGACGUGAUGACAAAUGUCUCUUGCAAUUUAGCAGUCCCAUGAGGUGCAAACAAAACCAGUCAAAUUAUCACGAGUGCCAGUUGGCAUAAUUAUCUCUAUGGACUCCUAUCGACUCUUUUACGCACAAGGUCGUUGAAAACAUAGCAAAUAUUAUAGUUAUGGAGUUUCACGCCACGUCUGACCUACAAGGCACUGGAAUAUGGGCUCAGAGGGUUACAGCUGGCCUUGGGCUAAAUUCCGGGGUUGGAGGGAGGGUUGUUAGGGUAAGUGUUAGAGCUAAGGUUAAGGUUAAAGUUAGAACCCUCUUUAUUUGGCGCCAACACACCUGUAGCAUGGGGACUCCUUAUUCCUGCGUCUAGCUGUAUUAAGUAAUAGUCCUGAAUAAGACAGCAUUAUCAAGUUCGUUGGAAAACUGGGGAGCAAAUUCGAUGCCUCAUUUGGACAAAUUUAGUCGACGUUUGGUCCGGCAGCCCCACUUGAGUAAUAUCAUACGGGCAGCUUUUUAAAAAAAAUGUUGGUAGAUGCAAAUAUACUGACUUUACAAAAUAUCACGUAUUUGCAUCUUCCUCACCAUUUUAAUCCAGCGAGUGACUGUGCCACAGGGGAGGAGUCCUUAUACACCAGCCUCGGGUACUUCAGCUAUCAGUUCACACACGCUUCCCUCCUCGUGGUUCGAGCCCUGUGGCGCUCUCUUUAUUAUCCUAAUCCAGCCAGUGACCAAGUAGCUUGCUAAUGGAAUUGUUACGACGGUGUGGAAUGCCGUCGAUCCCACCUCAGUGGCCAUGCACUGCGAAUUACCACGCAGUUCCCUCCGUGGUCUUCCUGUUGUGAUUACGCCCUCUUUUUUCUCUACAUCCAGCGAGUGGCUGUGUCUGGGGGGGGGGAGUGUGUGUAUAAUCCUACCUUUACUCGCUUCCCUACGUGUACUUCGGGCUCUGCUUGGACUCUCUUUGCCCUUCUUAUCUAGCAAGUGGUUAAGUUAUGUAUGUUAACUAAAGUUGUUUUAGUAAGCUAAACAUAUGGUAGCCAUCAAGUGGGGCUGCAGAACCAAACCUCGCCAAAAUGUAAAUCCAUGUUCUAAACUAACACAGUUUUCAGAAUGUCACAUCGCGCGCAAAUGACUUUCGCUGUCCAAACCAUCACCUUCAAUUAGGCUUCCACACGCUAAAUUUAUUUAUAUUGGCAAUGAUGGCAGAUAAUUUGAGAAAGGGGGCUAGGGCUUGUUGGAACAGAUUUACCGAACUGCUGACUUUUCGCAGAAGUUGGUGGGCGUUAAAAUGCACAAAAUCCAACAGAAGUGCAACUGGUGUGCCAAGCUAGUCGGCCUUGAGCUGGUCGACCUUCGCUUCUGUCCUUGACUCGGCCUAUUGGUGGAUGAUUGGUGGGUUUGAGAUCGGCAUGCGCCAUUACUCAUCACCUCCAUGGAGAGUGGUUGAGCCUCUGCGGGGGUUGUUCGGUCUGGUGGCUCUUUGUGACUUCAUCGCGGGGGCAGCGUCUGUGCGUGUUUCCUUAAGUUCCGUGUGAUCGUGCCUCCGUGUGCGUGACGGCAUGUAACAUUAUUAGUUUCAUGUAGGUCUAGAUGCCUGUUGAUUAACCUGACAUCUGAACACCACGACCCUAGUAUUAGUUUUUCUGUCCCUGAAGUACCCCGGUCAAAGUUGGUCGCUCUCUGAAGGUCAAAAGUAUGGUUAACUCCUCCAAUGUGCUGUGCUAGUUGAGAGUUCCUGUCUAGCUUCCAAGUUGCCAAUUUGUGGUCACGCAGGUGGGUCUGCAAUUUUCGUUCGAUUCCCCCAACGCAGUUGCAGUCCCCAUCAUUGCAACUUACAGUACGUGACCUACCCCAUGAAAUCUGAUAACGGAACCCGAUGCAAGAAUUUCUGGACGUCUUUAACAUUGCGAUUUUUGUUCGCUCAUCCCCAUCGGUGAAAUCAAGCAAAAUAAAGUUCCUCUUGUUGAACCCCAUCUCAUUUAACUGAAAAGAGUCAGGGAUAACACGAAACACUGGAAAACUGUUUUGGAAUACACACUCAGAAUGUAGGCAGUUGACAAACCGUCAUAUAUGAAAUCACACUAAUUAUUAAACGAUAUUCAGAUGUAAACUUUACUGAAACACUAUAAUUGGACGUUAUUUGUAGUUUCAUAUUUAAUACGUUUUUGGUAUGCGAAUGCGUUCUUUACAUCUAAAAACGAAGUUUACUAAAUUACAGCCAUUUCUGACGUUUUCGGGGUAUUGCGCUUUUCUAAAAAAUCGGCAUUUCUAAGCCACGCAACACUGCCUGUAAUGGUAGCGGGCGUUCACCGAUCGUUCUUACGGAACUCACUCGUUCCGUUGUGCCUUACGGGCUCUCCCUCGAGCCCAACCAGCAGCCGCACAGCGGCGUCCGAUAUAGGCAGAAUGGUAUUACCAACAAAGACAAGGGAGACUGAAAUGGCCAUUUCUGGCUUAUUAGCCGUCGUCAGCCAGUCAUGCCUAACCCCGAAGUGUGAAACACCAAAAGUAAUACCACUCACGGAACUCACUCGUUCCGUAAGGCACAACGGAACGAGUGAGCUCCGUAAGAACGAUCGGUGAGCGUCCCCUACCAUUGUAUAUUCCCGAUCGAAACCGACAGGGCAACGCGCUCGUGGCCCAGUGGUUAGAGGAGUGGACUUCUAACUAACAGAUCGCUAGUUCGAGCCUCGGGUGUUCCACACUUGGGGGUUGGGUAUGACUGGCUGACGACGGCUAAUAAGCCAGACGUGGCCAUUCCAGUCUCCCUUGUCUUUGUUGGUAAUACCAUUCUACUGCCUUUAAUAUUUCCCUAAUGUUUUUAAUUCUUUUAAACGUGUACUUAAUUAACAUAGACGUUGGACUCAUGAAAUGGUGUCGGUUUGUGAGUGAUUGGCAACCAUUCGUAAAUUUCUACACCGUUCAUGAGGUUCCGGUGAGUGGAAGCAUAGCCCUUAUGUUGCAUCAAACGACGAAGGAUGUCUGUCUGGAGUCGAUGGGCUUUGCCGACCAUGGCGGACUGUAGCAGUCGGAAUCAUUGGCUCCCUUCUAACUCACGUUCACAGACAAAUCUGGGAGCUUAAAUGCAGCUUUGCAGUCAUUACUGGAAUUCCCAAGGAUUAACAAGGUUUCGUAAUUUUUAACUCCGCUCACGUUUACUUCCUGCAUAAGCAGUCGAGAAGCGACAUGCAGUGAGCGAUGACAAAUGUCUCCUGUAAGUUAACGGGCUCAUGAGGUGUAAACAAGACCAGUUAAAUUAACAUGAAUGUCAGUUGACAUAAUUAUCUAAAUGAACCCUGGUCGAAAGCUGUUAUGCGUAUUGUCGCCGAAAACAUAGAAAAAUGUCAUGCUUGUCAUGCAAGCCGAGUAGGACGCGCCGUGUCGUGUAGCCAAGAUUGAAGACGUCUUUGCCAAUGCGUGACUGUGCAGAUCUAGAGGGUUCGAUGAGAGCUAUCUUCUGCAUCCAAUUAGCAAAACUUAUGAGAUUUAUGCUCAAAGGAACUGACGAAACGGCAGUCAUCCGGAGAAUUAAUCUGAGCUGACACCUGUCCACUUGGGUCAAAUUGACAAAGUUUUGCCACAACUUCUUCGAGUAGUAUAACAUUCGAAGAGUAUUCUGACGGUCAUACCAUAUGGUUUCAAGCUGUCGAAAGUGCAUGAUAGCGGUACCAGAAACAGUGACAUUCUCACAGCGAGCUGUUGCGUCUGAAUCAGGCCCCAGAAACCGUAGCUGAUUGAUCUCCGACAUCUGCAUUAUGGACUGGAUAAGCUUAAAGUUGGAAUUUAAGGCUUUUUAAAGUUCCAAGACCAUCCGGCCUAUGAGCAUGACAAGAGAAUCGCCGAUAGGCUGAGUGGCAUAAUUCGACUGUACGGCUUUGAAUGCUAACAUCUGUAAAUUUUGGAUAACUGCCUGAGCACUGAGUCCGGAAUUAGGCGCGCCCAACGGAGUGACUUCAACUUACACAUCAUUCUCUGAUGAGUCUUACUACAGAACUUCAGUUGAUGAGUAAGCUGGGCAUGGGAUCGCCAAUCUGUGAUCGCCCCAGACUUCCCUCUGGGCAGUUCGGGGUCGUACGCGUGGACAGUGGAAAGUCGAGUACCGGAGUACUCAAUUUCGCCCUACAUUUUGACCUUCCAUAGUAGGACAAAUGGGGCUGCGCAACAAAGUAUGGAAAAAAUGGGAAUGUUGUGUCUGUCUGGCGUUCCAAAUAGCGGCAUCCUUAUCCAAUCCGCACUGAUCGGUACAUCCUUUGCGCUGGUCGCCCGCUCCGGCGAGUCUGAGUCUUGUUCGGCCAAUGCUGCCUGUGCGGGGGGGCGAGGGGGAGGGCAGAGCGCCCGUGCGUCUCCGUGUGACCCCGCUCUAUUCUAGUUGCUGGUGUGUUGGCUACCCUCCCCACCGACUUCGAUGCUGCAUGCGUAGCGGAUACCGCCGGUCGCGAUAUCUUGUGAAUCCCUGGUACAUCCUUGAUCUUGCCAUUUUCUAGGAUCUGGCGCCUCGCCUUUAGACGGUAGUUCACGCCGUUUCAAUCGCAGGUAGCGUUAACUGUGGGGACGUAGUGGCUUCCCGCGGAUGCGGAUUACCAUUCAAGCAAGCACCCCCCCCCCCGAAACAGGUAGACGAUGGGAUACCGUAUAGACGCAUGACUGCGGAGGAUAUUGGUCAGCCGAACUACAGGUCUGAUGGAAAGCUUGAACCCUCCAUCUCAGGAAACCAGCUGUGGAGAUGCGUACACAGGUCGCUAAAAUUGAACGAUCAAUGCUGCUGAUUGGAAAGUGAGACCGCCAGUGUACUGCCCCCCCUCCCCUUUCCGAAACGAACAUUCCUUCCUCUUCUGAGUUUUGUUCUUCUCUGAGGGGCUCUUGUUACAACUAGUCAAGUAGUUGCCCCUGGUGGAUAUGAUUGCUCUGGUUGAUAUCUGGGCCGCUCGGACGCACCGCUUCCCCAAGGACAGACGGCCUCGUAAAAUCUGUCCCCUAAUGAGCGAUUUCAAUAUGCUCACUUCGGAUCUUACAGUUCUUGUUCCACUCACAACCUGGUAGUUUUCUGAUCGGUUAGAUUACCUGGAUGUGCCGAAUUGAUGUGAAAUAAUGAGUUGGUAUCAGGAGUCUCCCAUGACUUCGUUCCCACUCACCCAACUCCCCAGGUGACUCGCUCAGUUGCAAAGCGCCACGGUAUCAGUCGCACAACUACCGUCCGUAAGGUCAUCAUAUGCGAUCAUGCGAUGGCUCCCCUAUUUCCACAAAUCAUCCAAAGCCUACGCACCCCUCUGAACCCUCAUUUUAUUGAGCGACACAUCUUAAGUCAACUUAUAGGACUGUUCGAAGAAAUGACUUAUUAUUUAGAGGCGAGCAUUAACCAAGAGUUGGAGGAAGACUGGAAACGACGCCUGAAACUCGGACGUUAUUGUGUAGCUUUCAUUAAAUUACGGACAUUCGUGCGUGGUCUUGAACAACCCCAGGGUCUAACGCAUCAGAAUUCAUCCGCAAGUAUAUCUCAGUCAUUUGGUAGCCGUUCUAUCACAAUAACAUGUCCCAAUCAUUGAAGACCUACUUUGAAAGAACUGGCGCUUCGAAGUAACUUCCGGGAGAGAUUUCAUGUUCUCCGUUUUUUUUUGUGGACGGCGAAUGUUGGAAAUGUACUUUCAUACUUUCAUAGGUGUUAUUUCACAUAUGUACAGCUUAAUGCAAAUGGAACAAAAUUCAACAAAAUGAGGAGGUAUUCGACACUUUUAGAAAGGAAUCGUCUCAGGAGAUAGACGAAGUACGGGAGAACUGACGGGCAGUCUGCUAAUUCACUGCACGUCUACGAAGUUAGAAGUUCAACUCGCAUACCCAGGAGGAGGAAGUAAUUUUAAACUACUCGUACAUUUAUCAUUGAAAUGCUUGUGGUGAUCGCCAUGGCCAUCGCGAAGGACAUUCCGAUCACAGCCAACAGAGGACAGUAGGUUGAAUCCAACUUGGAGAAAUAAUAUGCGAUUGCAGCCAGACCGAAGAUGGCGCCAAGCCAGGUCAGCCCCAGAGAGACUGGCAUGAUCCAGGACCUGGGGGUUACGCAGUCAACAAUGACAGUUGCGAGGACGACGAGAUUGAUCAGGAUGGCGCAAACAAGGAGCACUCCCACAGUCUGAUAGUGCUUCUUCCGUGCUACAGUCAGGCAGGAGUUUAGCACGGAGCCACAGCGCCAGUUUUCCAGUCCUACUGCGAGAAUGAGGAAAAGGAGGGAGAGCACGAGGCCAACAGCGAGGUUAAUUUUGGUUUUAUCCAUUCUUCUAGUGUUCUCUGCCCGUUUGUGUGCUGAAAACCGAUAUGAAGAUGGGAAAUAGGAAUGCUCGGAGAGGCAGCAACCCCGCGCCGCGCAGUUGCUGUGCCUACGGCAGCUCGUUAGACCUAUUGUUUAGGGCGCCCUUUAUAGUGCUACUCGUCUUGUCUAGUCGGCGCGUCCUGAUUGGUCACAUGCGCAAGACCUUAUUGACAGCAUCCUCCAAUCAAUUUGUGCUCGGACUCGCGCUCUCUCGCACACGCGCCUGAGCGUUGUUUUACAGGGAUCUUUGCCUGCCGGGGCGUGAGCACAUCGCACGCAUUCUCCUCAGGCAAGUCCAGCCAAAUUCGGCCGUACUGUGACCCGCUGUGACAUGACGGAAAACUUUUUGUCACGGCACAUUACGUCAUUGUUUAGAGUCUCCCCGUCCCUAGAUACUCCAGUUUAGAAAUUGUUACUGCGCCUGUUGACCCUAGUAUACCGUGCUAGCAGCAUAAGUACUAGUUAAAAGCCCAGACACGCGUGUUUCGCCGAUAUUCUGAUGCUGCAUGGCACAUCUGGAGGGAUUCGGCUCAUCAGGGGGUCCCCCAGCAUGUUUCCUGGUAUAUAUUCCAAUUUAGAAAUUGUUGCUUCGCUUAUAGACCUUAGUAUAAACUGAUUUACUCAAAGUUAGCAGUUAACUUCUGAGGAAAUUAAAGAGCAACAAUGCUUAGACUGAAGUAUCUACCAGAAAGCAGACUGGGAAUGCUGGGGGACUCACUGAUGAGCCGAACCCCUCUAAGCUGUACCAUGCGGCGGCAGAAUAUCAGCUAACGACGCGUUUCUGAGUUUUUAGCUAGUAUCUGUGCAACUAGUAUGGUAUCCUGCAGCCCAAUAAAUCCACAUUUUCAAAGGCCACCUGACGGAAUAUAUUUAGAAUCAAGAAGUUCAUUUUGUCUGCAUAGCGAUAGUUCGACCUUCGGUUCCGACGAUGUCCACCGUGUGCUCUAAUGCAGGGUGAGAGCAGGGACGGUGACUUGUGCGAAAAUGUAGUUUAUCGUGCUAGUAUACUUGCACAGCAUCUGCCACAUUCUCUCCUCCUCCCCCUCCUCCUCCUCCUCCCCCUCCCCCUCCUCCUCCUCCUUCUCCUCCCCACCUGGACCCGGUGUCAAGCCUGAGUCAAGCAGCCCAGAGGCGGGGGUGGGCGCAGGUGGAUGGCACGGCCAAGCCCGCUCCUUGGCGUUCCAUUUCACACCCCUUGGUCCACACAGCAAUGACCAAGUUUUCGACCAACAAUAA